GACGUAUAAUCUAGUCGACGCUCCUUCAACAACAACAGCUAGUCAGACACCUCGGUAGCUUUCUAGCAAACAUAGCUACAACAUUCACGCUCUUUACACUGUUUUGGUGUAUAUUAAUCGCUGUGUAUAAAACACACGUCUGUCGUAUGUACUUGUUGGCUCAUUUGAUUAUAUAUUUACGUUGUUUGUCAGCUAGCUGGUUUGCUAAGUUAGCUUAGAACUAGGCAAGUCGCUAAUGCUAACUAGCUAACAUCCCCGACCAUGAGUUCACUAAGCUACUCUUCUCCUGAUAAAGAAGAGGAGGUCUGCUGGACGGAGAAAGUAACUCUCGUUAAAGAGGAGGAGGAAGAGGGGGCUGUUUCAAUAAAAAAACAAGUGAAGGGUGAGGCUGUUACAGUGAAAGAAGAAGAGAAAGACGUUUCAGUGAAAGAAGAGGAAGACUCGUUCAGAGUGAAAGAGGAGGAGGAUGUUACAGUGGAGAAAGAGAAAGAGGAGGAUGCAUUUUUUGGACUGAAAGAGGAGGAGGGGGAGAUGACUGUCACAUCCAAAAAGGAGGAGGAAACUGGAUAUCUGGUCCCGGUUAUCCAAACUCAUCUUAAGGCAACCAAUGGUUCUAACGAUGAACUGAGCCGUAAGAUGGUUUUGAGAAACGGGGCCCUGAUUAACACUAGAGAGAGACAGGACUACCGUGGGUCCUCUGGGGAGCCUCAACAACCUCAUGAUGUUGACAAGGCAGAGAAGACUCUCUCCAGAUCAGAACACGUCAAGAAACCCCAGCAGAGAUCCACAGGGAAGAGAACUCACUGCUGCUCUGACUGUGGGAAGAGAUUCACCACCUCAUCAGGCAUUAAAAUUCAUCAGAGAAUCCACACAGGAGAGAAACCUCACGGCUGUGAUCAAUGUGGGAGGAGUUUUGUUCAAUAUGGCCAUCUGAAGAUACACCAGAGAACACACACAGGAGAGAAACCGUAUAGCUGUACUCAAUGUGGGAAGAGUUUUAGUCAUUCAACCAGCCUGAUAUCACACCAGAGAACACACACAGGAGAGAAACCGUAUAGCUGUGAUGAAUGUGGGGAGAUUUUUACUCAGCUAAGCAGCCUGAUAUCACACCAGAGAACACACACGGGAGUGAAACCGUACAGCUGUGAUGAAUGUGGGAAGAGUUUUACUCAGCUAAGCAGCCUGAUAUCACACCAGAGAACACACACAGGCGAGAAACCUUAUAGCUGUUCUGAAUGUGGGAAGAGUUUUACUCAGCUAAGCAGCCUGAUAUCACACCAGAGAACACACACAGGAGAGAAACCUUAUAGCUGUGAUGAAUGUGGGAAGAUGUUUACUAGGUCUAGCAAUCUGACUCUACACCAGAGAAUACAUACAGGAGAGAAACCUUUCAGCUGUACUCAAUGUGGGAAGAGUUUUACUAAGCUAAGCAACCUCAUAUCACACCAGAGAACACACACAGGAGAGAAACCCUAUAGCUGUGAUCAAUGUGGGAAGAGUUUUGUUCAAUCUAGCUAUCUGAAGAUACACCAGAGAACACACACAGGAGAGAAACCUUUUAGCUGUACUCAAUGUGGGAAGAGUUUUAUUUCAUCUAGCCUUCUGACAGUACACCAGAGAACACACACAGGAGAGAAACCUUAUAGCUGUAAUCAAUGUGUGAAGAGUUUUGCUACAUCUGGGCAGCUGACGAUACACCAGAGAACACACACACAAUGGAAAUCUUUUAGCUCUAAUUGAUGUGGGAAGAGUUUUACUCGGUUAAACAGCCUGAUACGACACCAGAGAACACACAGGAGAGAAAUAUCUUAGCUG